AUGCCAUCGAAGCAAAGGAAGAUUGCUAUGAUGGGAUAUCGCUCAGUGGGUAAAUCAUCUUUAAUUAUACAGUUCGUAGAAGGUCAGUUUGUAGAUUCCUAUGAUCCGACAAUUGAAAACACAUUCACCAAAUUUAUUCGUUUAAACUCAACUGAAUAUGAAGUGAAGCUAGUGGACACGGCAGGUCAAGAUGAAUACAGUAUAUUUCCACUUCAGUACAGCAUGGACUUCCAUGGAUAUGUGUUAGUUUACUCCAUUACUUCCAGUAAAAGUUUUCAAAUAGUACAAAUAAUUUAUGACAAACUCUUGGAUAUGGUUGGGAAAAUACAUGUACCUAUUGUGUUAGUUGGUAAUAAAACAGAUCUACACCUAGAAAGAAAAAUCAGUACAGAGGAGGGCAAAAGACUAGCAGAGAAAUGGAAGGCUGCGUUUGUUGAGACUAGUGCUAAACGAAAUGAGUCUGUCACCGACAUGUUCCAUGCUAUAUUAUUAGAGAUUGAGCGAUCAGAUGGACAUAUACCAGACAAGAAUGGUUGCGUAAUUUCUUAA